ACGGCAUGGGUGUCGUCUACCGCGACCUCAAGCCCGAGAACUGUCUCCUCGAUGCCGAUGGCCACGUGAAGAUUGUUGACUUUGGUCUGGCAAAGGAAGUCGGACCGGUGGUCUGGCGCACCGAGGGCUCUGCGCUGUACUCAGUCGAGGAGGGCGGCAAGACUGGUACCUUCUGUGGCACUCCCGAGUAUCUUGCACCCGAGGUGCUUCUGCGCCAGCGCUACGGCAAGGAAGUUGACUGGUACUGCCUGGGUGCUGUUCUCUUUGAGAUGCUAACAGGUCUACCGCCGUUUUACGAUCAGGACAACAACAUAAUGUACCGUCGGAUCCUGCACGAGCCACUGCGCUUCCCAAUGUCGCUUCCAAACCCCCUACGCGGCAAUGGUACCUACAACGAUAGCUGCGGCAUUGUGCCCGGCGCAGGCGUCGGAAAGCUGGCACAGGACUUUAUCACGCGCAUUCUUGAGCGCGACCCGCAGAAGCGCCUGGGCAACGGCGUGUUUGGUACUGAAAACGUUAAACGUCAUCCCUUCUUCCACGGCAUUGAGUGGCCCAAGAUUCACCGCCAAGAGUACGCGCCGCCAUUUGUGCCCAAGGUCAGCUCAAUAUUUGAUCUCAGCAACAUUGACCCCGAGUUCCGCAACGAGCCUAUCCCCGAGUCCAUCCUUGCCGAGGGCCAGGUGGAUAUCAUUGCUGAGGCCGCUGAGGCUGAGCGCCAGGCUGAGCUCGCCAUGCAGGCGCAGUUGUCGGCGUUCCCGUCGCCAAUGAGCACUCCCGCGACGGCUGCUAACGCCAGCGGUUACUUCCAGCACCAGCAGGCACGGAUGGGUACCAACCCGUCGCAUCCCCUGAACUCACUGCCGCCCUCACUGCGCAACUCGUAUGGUCCUCCUGAGGCUGCCGGUGGCGACGCAUUCCAGGGAUUCUCAUUUGUAUCACCGUGGGUUGACAUGCCGAUGACCAGUAGUUUCAAUUUUUUGCACAUAAUUAUUUAUUUACUUCCAUAUUAUACUAUAAGAAAAGAAUGAGGCUACAAAU